AUCCUUACAUGUUUCUCCAUGUCCAAGCUAUGAUAUAUACCAUCGAACAGAUAAACAAUUCAACUUUUUUACCUGGUAUAAAACUGGGAUAUGAAAUUUAUGACAGUUGCUCCGAGGUUAUCACUGCAAUACAAGCGACCCAAAGAUUUCUUUCCAAAUUUAACUCCUCGGACAGUAGGAUUGAACUUCAUUGUAAUUACACCAACUACAAUCCAAAUGUAAAAGCAGUUGUUGGAGGCUAUUACUCAGAAAUAUCAAUUGUAGUUGCAAGGCUGUUGAAUCUUUACCUUAUUCCACAGAUUAGUUAUGGAUCAAUAGCAGAAACACUCAGUGACAAGACAAAGUUUGCAUCAUUUUUACGGACAGUUCCAAAUGACAAUCAUCAAACUAAUGGCAUAGCUCAACUUAUGGAACACCUCAAUUGGAAACGGGUCGCAGCCAUUGCUUCUGACGAUGCAUAUGGACGGGCUGGAUUGAAGAGUUUUACCUCACAUGCAGCAAGGCUCAAUAUAUGUGUUAAAUUUCAAAAAUUUAUUCCAAUUUUUAAGGAUGAAUACCAAAAUGCUAAAAUUAAUGAGACAGCUGAAAGUAUUAUGAAGUCAACUGUACAAGUUAUAAUCGCAUUUGUAAGAUCAUCAGAAAUCAUCAAACUGUUCACCACAUUGACUCAACGGAAUAUAAGUAAAAUUUGGAUUGCCAGUAAUGUCUGGUCCACUUCUAGGGAGGUUGCCAGUAUUAAUGACAUUGAAAAGAUUGGAAUUAUUUUGGGCUUUACUUUCAAAGGUGGAACAAUUCCAAAUUUUAAAAAUUACUUAAAGAAGUUAAAGUUUUACCCAUCUGAUGCUAACCAGAUUAUUAAAGAGUACAUAAACUUUAUAAAUAGAAGGGAUGCAAAGAAACCAAUUGGGAAAAAUACAAUCUCACAAGGAAAUAAAUCUCAGAAGUAUUACAAAAUUGUUGAAAUGUUUAAAGAACCCAGUAUCUAUGGUGUAUACUCAGCCAUCAAGGCAAUAGCUUAUGCUCUUCAGAAAAUGUUUAAUUGUACUCAAGGAAAUUGCAACCAAAAUUUUAAUUUCCCACCAUGGCAGUUGCUAAAUGAAUUAAAGAAUGUUAACUUUAAGACAGACGACGGACAAUUUGAAUUUGACAGUUCAGGAGAUUUCUCAAAUGGAUAUAACAUAAUCAAAUGGAAGAUGGAAAGCGGUUCAAUACAGUUUGUCAAUGUUGGUACCUACAAUGUGAUGAAGCAAAUGAUUAAUUUCUCCAGGGACUUAGAAGAGGUUCAAAUCUCUAAUUGUCCACAAACCUGUAGACCUGGACAUAAGAAGACUGUGUCAACGAAAAGGUUCUGUUGUUUUGAAUGUAAUCCAUGCCCAGCAGGAUUUUACUCUGACAACAAUAAUUCCAAUGAUUGCAUUGAGUGCUCAGAAGACUACUGGUCUAAGGAAGGAAGUACAAAAUGCCAACAUAAAUCUGUCGAGUUUCUACAGUGGAAGCAAGCUCUUUCUGUGGUGUUAAUAAUAUUUAUCAUUUUAGCAGUACUCAUAAUAUGUGUAAUACUCAUAUUAUUCACAAAAUAUUGGCGUACCCCAGCUGUGAAAGCUGCAGGGGGUUGGAUGUGUUACAUCAUGCUGUUUUCACUAGUGCUCGGUUUAAUCAGUGUUGUUUUCUUCCUCGGAAAGCCAUUUGAUUAUACUUGUAAAAUACGACAACCACUUUUUGGUAUCAGCUUUACACUUUGUGUUUCCUGCAUUUUGGUGAAAUCUUUUCGAAUCAUCCUCGCUUUUACUUUUAAUCCAAAUACUCAUAAAAAAUUGAAGUAUCUUUAUAAACCAGUGCCUGUUAUAAUUGUCACCACUGGAAUUCAAGUGGUCAUUUGCUCAAUGUGGUUAUCUUUGAAAGCUCCAAAGCCUGUACGAAAUAGGAAUCUCCCCCAAAUGAUUUUGUUGUUAUGUGACGAAGGUUCCUACGUCGCAUUUGUCGCAAUGUUAGGAUACAUUGCUUUUCUUGCAUUUGUCUGUUUUAUUCUUGCUUUUAAGGGAAGAAAGGCACCAGAAAUGUUUAAUGAGGCAAAGUUUAUCACAUUCAGCAUGCUUGUUUAUUUAAUUGUGUGGAUUUCAUUUGGUGCUACAUAUGUUAAUGUGGGAGCUAACAACAAAUAUUACCCAGUAAUUGAAGCAAUUGCGAUUUUAGCAUCAAUCUAUAGCAUUUUAUGUUGCCAUUUCAUUCCAACCUGUUAUGUAGUUUACUUCAAGAAAGAAAGUAAUGUUGAGUCAAAUUAUUUGACACAUGCGAGGGAGCAUUUCAAACAGAAAGGACAGUUUGUGUGUCCAGUUACCAACAUAAAAAGAUACUCAGGUCAGCCUGUCUCCUUGAGUCAAGUGAUGGCAGAUCCUGAAUUUGAAUGUCAAGUUAAUCAGCAAUUUAAUGAGACAAACCAGAACAAAAAUUGCCAGAAUCAAACACUUGAAACAACCUGCCUGAGAAAGAGACAUAAAAGCGUGUGA